AUGUCGGCUUCAUUUCAACGGCUGAUAUCACAAUCCCACGUGGGAUUCAACCGCUUCGCCAUCGCAAGUGGCACAAGAGGGUGUCAUGAUGCAGUUCCUGCUUUACUUGUCAAACGUCACGGCUUUGACACACGGCCCUCGCCUGCUCGAAAGUUCCACUCAGCGCCCUCAUCCCAAGAGCGAGUGAGAGUAAGCGAUUCCCUUCACAAGGAAACAUUUCACCACGAAAUUACCAACGAGCGCAUCUCUGGUGAAAUUGGCGUUGGCCGAAAACAAUUCGCGGACUAUGACCUCUCCGGCCGGGUUUUCAUAGCCACAGGUGGCGCCCAGGGACUAGGCUUGUCGAUGGCUGAGGCUUUGGGCGACGCCGGUGGAAAAGUCUACUGCCUCGACCGUGCCCCUAGACCAGACGAGGCAUGGGAUGAAGCUCAGUCCUGCCUCAUGACUAAAUGGGGAGGCUCGUUGCAUUACAAGCAGCAAGAUGUCACAAACACAGCACAUCUUGACGAGACAAUCACGGCCAUCGCCGAAGAAAACCUGCGACUAGAUGGUGUCAUCGCUGCCGCUGGCAUCCAGCAGCUUACUCCUGCGACCGAGUAUCAGGAGGACGACGUCGCGCGGAUGAUGGCCAUCAACUACACCGGAGUCUUGAUAACGGCAACUUCUGCAGCACGCCAAAUGCUCAAAUACAAAUGCAAGGGCAGCAUCUGCCUGAUAGCAAGCAUGUCCGGCCUCGUGGCAAACAAGGGUCUCGCAUCUCCGGUGUACAACAGCUCUAAGGCCGCGGUAAUCCAGCUAGCCAGAUCACUAGCCAUGGAGUGGAGCCCGACUCAAAAAGACGGAACUGGAGGUAUCCGGGUCAAUUGCAUAUCACCCGGACACAUCUUGACGCCCAUGGUGCGCAAGAACUUCGAGGAGGUCCCCGGGCUGAAGGAGAAAUGGGAGCGCGAGAACAUGAUGGGCCGCCUUGCGGAUACAAACGAGUUCAAGGGCGCAGCACUGUUCUUGAUGAGUGCUGCGAGCAGUUUCAUGACGGCGAACAACUUGAUUAUCGACGGCGGACAUACGUCGUGGUAG